AUGAAGCUUGCAACGGCUUUUGUGGCCCUGGCUUUCGCGGCCUUCGCGACGAGCGUUAACGCGGUGAACACCACGUCUGGUGCGCCUGUGUACACGGCCUCCAAGUCGUUCCCGACCGGCCUGUUCCCCUCGAUGUACUACAUGCCCAAGAACAUGGAGCAGGAGCCGCGUCCUGUGAUCACACGCCUCAACGGUGGCGUCUUCCCCGAUGGCGUCGCCCACCCCUUGCAUCUCCCCUCUGGCACGCCCAAGGAUGAGGCUCUGAUGCCCAACCCUCAUCGCGGCACUGCUGACUUGGACCAGCUUAUCAAGACGGUGUGGGAGGUGACCGACAAGCUGUUCCGCAUGGACAAGGAAGCGUCGCCUACCUGCAACCUCUGUCGCCACGCUCUCGAUGCGCUCCAACAGGUCGCCCGCACCGACCCUGACACGAUCCCUAACCUCCUUACGUCGCUUUGUGAGGCCUUCAACAUUAUUGGCAUGACUGGCUACCACCAAGAGUGCAAGCGCACGCUUGACAAGGCUGCGUAUGGCGGUGCUCUUGCGCAGGUGAUUUCAUACGCUAACUUCACAGAGAACGCGCCCGAUGCCGUGACAGUGUGCUCACAGUUCCCUCCUCUGACGUUCUGCGACAAGCCAGAUGUAUCGCUGUCGGAGAACUUCUUGAACGACUGGUUCCGUGGUCAGCGCCACGCUUCGCCUGACGUCAUUCGCAGGUGGCGCGAGAAGCGUGAUAACGCCUACAAGUACUACAACCCGAAGGACGACUUGCGCGUCGUUCACCUGUCUGACCUGCAUCUUGACCCUCAGUACUACGUCGGAGGUGAAAGUGACUGCACCUGGGGCGCCACGGUGACCUGCUGCCAUUACAACAGUGCCAACUUUACCAAAUUCCACGGUCAGAUUGUGGACAAGCCGCUGCCCGACCACAAGAUUGUGCACAAGGCCAACUACUGGGGUAGUCUGCCGUGUGACACGCCGUGGUCGCUUAUGAUGAGCUCUAUGGAGGCUGUCAAAGCCAUGGGCGGUAAGAACGGCUAUGACCUCGCUCUGUUCACAGGUGACCUUGUGGUGCACGACGACCCGUACCGCUACAAUCGCGACCUUGUGUUAUACUCCGAGCAGGCUCAAUACGAUAUUAUGAAGGCCUACCUCGGCAAGACGCCGCUUGUCCCAACUCUUGGCAACCACGACUCCUCUCCGCUGAACCUCAUGAUCCAGUCUCAGCCAUUCCCAGACGGUGCCUCCUACGACUUUGAUUGGGACCUGAACUAUAUCGCAGAGCUUUGGAAGCAGCGCGGCUGGAUCGACGACAACGAGGUCAGGGAAAUCAAGACUCACCACGGUGCCUUCUCCGUGACGCCGCGCAAGGGUCUGCGUGUCGUGUCGCUGAACACCGACUUCUGGUACCAGUACAACUUCUACGCCUACAUCAACUCGGCCAACCCUGACUUCAGUGGCAUGCUCCGCUUCUUGACUGAUGAGCUUCUCGAUGCUGAAAAGUGCGGUGAUCGUGUUUGGAUUGUGGGUCACGUCCUGACUGGUUGGAAUGGUAAGGAAGCGCUUGCGAGCCCCACAAACCUGUUCUACCAGAUCGUGAGCCGCUUCGCUCCUCACACCCUCGGUGCCAUCUACUUUGGCCACACGCACGAGGAUCAGUUCGAGGUCUUUUACUUCAACGACAACGGCAACGACAAGUCGACGGACCAGUCGACUGAGAAAGCCGUCUCGAUUGCCUACAUUGCACCGUCGAUCACGCCUUACCAGAACCUGAACCCUACGUUCCGUGUGUACUCUGUGCACCCUGUGACGUACGAGAUCAUGGACUAUGACCAGUACUACGCCUCCAUCCCCACGUUCGACGAUCUGGUGGAGUCGAAGGCCAACCAUGGCCCUGUUUGGCGCAAGCUGUACUCGGCCCGUGAAGCGUACGGUGACUUCCACGCCUCUUCGCAGCGUAACACGUACAAGGCUGGCGUGGAGCUCGAUCACGCUAGGUGGCCAUGGAACGCACCGCUCAACGGCACCUUUUGGGCCGCUGUGACGGAUGAGAUGGAGCAGCGCCCUGAGCUCGUUCAGACGUGGGCUGAGUACACGUCGUCUAUGAGUCCUAGGGCCAAGCAGUGCACGAGCAAGAAGUGCCAGGAGGCCGUGAUCUGCUACAUGCGCUCUGGCUCUACCAACCUCGGUCUGAAGUGCAACGGUGACUACAGCUCGUUCCAGUAA